GCGGGAGGGCCGGGCGGCGGGGCUGCGAGCCUCCCUCCGGCAACUUCCCAGUAACUGCGGGAUCAGAUGCAGCCACCGCCCCGGAACCAGGCCUCCCCUCUUCUGCCUUCCAGGAGGGGGCCCAGGAGCAGCCCUCGGGAGGACGGUCUCCCGCGCGUCCCCGAGUCCCUCUGGCCACCCGGAGUCGUCGAUCCAGGCGGAGGAGGCCGGGAGGGGGCCGCCCUCCCCGCGAGGCUCCAGACUCCGGCGUUUCCUCCCCCCGCUGCCCGGCGCGGCCUUCCCCUCCGAAAGAAGAAAAUCCCCGGGGCCGGAGUAACACAGCCGCUCGGCCCCCCGUGCUGAGCCGCGGCGGAGCCGAGAGGGCCGCCCAGGGUAGGGUAGGAGUCCGGGGCAGAAGCUGGCCGAGGGCGGCGCGGCUGGGACCGAGCGGGCCAGGGCCAGGGCGCGGCCAGGGGCCGGGGCGAGCAGUGCGGGCGGCGCCUGCAAGGGGAACUUGAGCUGGGAGAGGAGGCAGAGCAGCGGGGCUGCUGGCUCCGGCGCGGCGGCGAGCGGGAAGCCUCCUCCAAGGCCAAGGACACGGGGGCCUCGGGGCCACCGAGGCGCUGCGCGCAUGCUGGGCAGGGGACACCACCCGGGCUCCCGCCCUGGGCCGCCCGGGCUCCCGGGAUGUCCGUGCGCUACACGCUCAACCUGCGGGUCUUCUGGCCCCUGGUGACCGGGCUGUGCACGGCCCUGCUGUGCCUCUACCAUGCCCUGCGCAGCAGCAAGGGUGCCCAGGCCGAGCCCCCCGACGGCCCAAACAGCGGCUUCCCGCUGCUCAAGGUGGCUAUCCUUCUGCUCCUGGGCUACAUCCUCCUCCGAUGUCGCCACUCCAUCCGCCAGCGCCUCUUGCCAGGCUCUUCCCGCCCGGGUGGUCACGCCAGCUUCCCAGCCAGACCCUUGCAGGAGCCAGGCCUGGGCAUCUUGCUGGAGAGUUACUACGAGCACGAGGUGCGCCUGUCGCCGCACGUGCUGGGCCACAGCAAGGCGCACGUGAGCCGGAUCGUGGGUGAACUGGUGCAGGCCGGCCGGGCCCGGGGAUCUCCGGGUCCCAUCACCGGGGGGGCGCUGGCCUUGGCCUUCCGGGGAGAUUUCAUCCAGGUGGGCAGUGCCUACGAGCAGCACAAAAUCCGCCGGCCCGACAGCUUCGACGUGCUGGUGCCGCUGCGCCUCCCGCCGCAGGUGGCGCUGGAGCCCCGGAGCCUAGGGACCGAACCCGCGCUGAGCCCGGCCUCCCGCUGCUGCUUCGUGUGCGCCCUCAAGGCGCCGCCCUCGCCGUCGGGGAGCUCGGCGAGCCAGUGGCACCGCGACUGCAAGCCCUUCGCCGAAGGCUUCUGUGUGGACGUGCAGGGCCGGCGCCACCUCUCGGCGACCCUGGUGCUGCGCUGGUUCCAGGCGCACCUCCAGCGCUCCCUGGCCACGGUGCGCUACAGUUUGGAGGGUCGCUGUCGGGUCAGCUUGACCCCGGGCGGCCUGGAGCAGCCCCCCACCCUCCACAUCCUCCCCUGCCGCACCGACUACGGCUGCUGUCGCCUCUCCAUGGCCGUGCGCCUCAUCCCCGCUGUCCAUCUGGGCGACGGCGUCUUCCUGGUGGCCCCGCCGCCGCCGCCCUCGCCCAGCGGCGCCCUGGCGGAGCUCCCGGGCGGCUUGCGCGCCGAGGCACUGUGGGGCGUGAACACGGCGCGCCAGGAGCAGAAACUGCUGGGCUGGCUUCAGGAACGGGCGCCUCCAGGUGCCUGCUACCUCAAGUGCCUGCAGCUGCUUAAGGCUCUUCGAGACUUGGGUGCCCGCGGGCUGGACCCGGCGGCUGCUGCCCGCUGGGGCCGCAUCAUGUCCUCCUACGUGCUCAAGACGGUGCUGCUGGCGGUGCUUUUGAAAGAGGGCGGCCCAGCGCCCGGCUGGGACGAGGCCCACGUGUGUGAGUGCUUGGAGAAGCUGGUCAAGUUCCUUAGGGACUGCCUGCUGCGGCGCCGAGACCUGUUCCACUGUGUCUUAGGCCCGGGCGGGGCGGCUGCCGAGGUGGGGCCCCUGCCCAAGGUGCUGCGCGAGGCCCCUCCACUUGACCUCCUGGCACCUUUCGACCUGCACGCCCGGGAGCUUGUCGCGGCGCGGUUGCUGUCCACCUGGCGAAGGUUGCCCCAGCUUCUCCGGGUCUACGGGGGUCCCCGAUACCUUGCCCGGUGCCCCUCACCCCGAGGUCAGCACAACCCAGGCUUCCCGGAAGAUGAACCAUGAACCCCGAGUUACACCCCGCCUGAUCAAAUGCCCGUUUCCCACAGGGUGGGAGUGAGGAGGGCAAAUUAGAUUUGAAAUGAGCUGUACGAGGUGUUGCAAAACUUGGAGGAUGUCACGGGCUUUGGUGGCACAAAUGUUCUGUCCUAGGCGCCGUGAUCUGAGAGGUAGCUGUGGCAUCUUCAUUAGAGUAUCCUGGAUGGGCUUCUGCACAGCCAUCGCUCUGCUCCCAGAUAUUAUUAGAAGCAAUCAUUUUAAAUUUUAUUUUAUUUUAUUAUUAUUUUUUUUAGAAUCCAUUUCCACAACUGGAAUUGAAAUUCUAGUCCAGCUGUUAAUAAUCUAAAGUCAUAAUUUAGCUAUUCCCAUGAGCAUUCAUGGUUUUGUUUUGUUUUGUUUUGUUUUGUUUCUUUCGAUGGUGCAGUCACAGGUUUGUUGAAAAGGAUGCAUGGAAUUGUCAGAAAUCAAGCGGCCCGUGCUGCGAGGAGGUAGAGAACUGGCUAGUAACUUUCUGCCGUUCAGCACUUGUCCGGGUCACAGGGGGGGAUUUGCACUUGACAUUCAACACCUGCUCGUUUGAUCCUGGCAGAAUGCAGAGGGGAAAGAUCCCUAAUGAAGACAGGCCUGGCAAAAGUGUAGAACACAAGUCUUGAAAAGGAUCCUGCCUAGGGCUGGAUGUCAGCUGGCCACAGCCGGCAUUUGUUUCAAAGCUUCGAGGCCAAGGCCCUGAAAGCUUGCUUCAGAGUGUGGGGACCUGUGAGGAGAAGACUUGGCAGGCUGCCUGGUAUGGGCUAGGGUUCAGCGAUGCCCGGUGUUGGGGUAGUGGUUGGAAGGUUCCUUGAUUGCCCAGGCAGCCUGGGAUAGUCUUGAAGGCCAGUUUUUGCUUCUGCUUGUGAAAUAGUAGCUUGCAGCUUGUGCUUGGAGACUCCCCACCAGUGGGCAGAAAAGAUGGGCCAUGGGAGCUGAAGGAGGACCGAGGGAGCUGGCCUUACAGUGCUUUGCUCUUCUCAGCCACGAACUUCCCUGGGCUGGGCGCAUCUCGCAGUCAGGAGCUCGUUCUCCAGUGUAUCCUAGCCUCCUGCUUCCUGACAGCUCCCGAUAGCGGUUCAAGUUCAGCUUCUCUAUCCCUGUGGGAAGUGAGGCCAGUCUCGGCAAUAUACUUAGGGAUUUUUUUUUUUUUUUUAAACAUCAAAGAUCUAUGUGCCCUUAGACUCUCUAAAGUGAAGGUUGGAAGACAAAAGUGGUCACAUGAAUAAGCUCAUUGUUCAAUUUCUUAGCUAUUUGGAGGGGACUUUGCAAACCCCUUUCUCUGGGUCGUCAGGUUGGCAAUUGAUGGGAGUAGACUGUGUGUAGGGAGCGUCUCAUUAGAGCUGUGUAGGCUUCUUGUACCCUUUGCAACUGUGGACUGAAAGAGAAGGAGCUGUCCCGUUGAGUUGUUUUGGAGAACAUUCCUCUUGAAACCCAGCAGUCAUUCCUAGUUUUUUGAGGCCAGUGUUUGGUCAUAAGGUACGGCUUUGGAUGAAGGAGUAGUUCUGUCUUGCAAAGACAGGAACUGCACAGUGAGUUUGAUUUAAAAUACUUUAAAGAGUCAAUGCCAGGGAAGGGUUUGUGUGUGUGUGUGUGUGUGUGUGUCUGCCAGUGUGUUCAAUACACACAUAAUUUCUGUCUAUACUCAGCCUGUUGAUUCCUCUGUAGUCAUUAAGUUGGAACAGAGGACAGUAAGGCAGUUUUCCAACUAUUUCUAGUUAAGUUCUGGAUUUCUUUUCUUUUUCCUUAAAUCUUGAUAAUAUUUUAAAGUAUAAAUCUGGUUAUGGUCAUAAAUAUGAAUAGCUUGUAUAAAUAUCUUUCUUAUAGGUUUUUUUUUUUCUGUUAUUUUUAUUCUGGUUAAUUGCCCAAAGCUUCAUCCAUCCCCAAAGCUUUUAAAUUGUAUUUUUAUUAUUAAUAUUAUUAUUAAAUUAAUGGGCAUUGUGUUUGUAAAUUUUUUUUUAAAAAAUUAAUGUUUUAUUUAAGUGCCAUGCUGAACAGUUGUGCUCGCUAUGUGGCAACCAAACCUUAGGAGAUUUCGAUCAAUUUUGAUCAAUGUGUAGUGUAGUGAUCUGAAGCAUGUACUGUGUACAGAUGUGAUAACACGGCUGUUAGCCAAGUAUGGUGGCUGCCGAGGCCUUUAAAUUCAGCUCAGCUCUGCAUUUCAUUACGGCUACUGUCAUGGCUUCUAUCUGACAAGCACACAUUUUUGGUACGGAGAGUCGUAUAUGCCAAUAUUCUCAUAUAGGACAGUUCUACCAAAAAAAAAAAAAAAAGAAGAAAAGAAAAGAGUUGUUUAGCCAGUGCCCCAAGAAAAUGUUUUGAGGAAGAUGACUCAGCCUUUUUGCAGCCAGACACGUCAGUAACUCCCAUUGCCCGGCUCGGAGCCUUCUUGGAAUGCUCGUGGGCUGGUAGAAUAUGUGUUUUGCAAAAUGAAGUUGGAGUGGAAAGCGAGGACAGUUUGAGUGGAUGAAACUAUUCUCUGAGGAUUUGGGGAGGGAAGACUUAAGAUGGACGUGAAAGGAAGAGAAAGACGGGAGGGAAACAGGUGAGGAUACCUUGAGGGUGGGAGAGAGUUUUACGUGAGGAAAUGUGUUUUUAGGUAUGUGCUAUUUCCAGCCGGGAGUCACAAACCCAGUGGCCUAAAGGCAGGGAAAUAAAUAUGGAGGGGAGGCUGGUGGGGACUGUGCCUACCUUAAAGGAGGCGCCAUAGCUCAGCUCCAGGCAGGGAAAGAAAGGGCAGGGCCAAGAGUCUGCAUAUCAAAUUAAAACGCUGAAGCUCACUGGUUUUAAAUUUAAAAAGUAAUUCCAGAAGUCUAAAACCAACAAGUGAGCCAGAUUAGAGACUUGGUUGAACCAGUUUUCGAUCCCUUGCCUCGAAGUUAGCCUUUCCCCAGGUGUGUGUAAGCUUCUGUUCUUUGCCAUGGAGACUAUGGUCAUAUAUAUGGGUGGGGGUGUGUUAGUUCAUUUCUACUUUAUCUCUCAGAGUUAAGCUUUGGUAUAGAAAUAACAGCAGGAAAAAAAAAUUAACACAGCCGCAGAUAACAUUUAUCCUCAGUUCCUAGGGCCCCCAUGCAAGCCUGGCUCUCCAGUUAGAAUCCCAACUAAAACAUUUGGGGCUAUUUCUGGAUUUUUUUUUUUUCUGGUGAUUUGAGGUCAACCUUUUAGCCUGGCUGGAGUUUGCAGAUGAGUAAUGAGAAGAACUGCAGAACAACUUCUUUCUUUGUAUUUGGUUCCUAUGUAAAGAUUAUUAUUAUUAUUAUUUAUUAUUAUUAUCUUUGGUAACUAGCCCAGAAUAGGAAGUACAAUGUUGAUUGGAGGCAUUAAACACCAGCAAAACCAAAACAAGAGCAAUAGCCAGUGUUCUAUCUUUGGGCCAAAUUCCAUGGAUUUGUACUAUCCCCACCUCUAAGAACACUGGCCGACUUGACUCCCAACAUUCUUAUCCCUUUCUGACUCAGUGCUUCCACCACAGUUAACACUAGCUGAGCCAUCUCCAAAGCAUCUUUUGGUACCCGCUGGAGGAAGUAAUGUUUUCCACAGAACUGGGCUUCCUGGCUUUGACCUUGACGAAGAGGUUUUUUUUGUUUUUUUUUUUCCCCAUAUUUACACAAAGGAAAAAUUCCUCUCAUGGUGGAGAAAAUAGACCUCACCCAGAUUUCUGACACCCCCAAGAAGGAAACUGGUUCAGUGUUACCACUGUGGCGCGUGUUAGUUUUUUUUUUUUCAAUUUUUUUUAAUUGCUUCUCUGUAACUUAGACCUAUCUGUGUUUUUAACGGCACACGGUGGGGUGGGAAUAGUGCUAGCGUAUGUCAAGAGAGGGUGGUAAAUUCCAGAUCGUGUGCACAGAGAAAAUUGACUUGAGACCUGCAGCUAACUCAUAUGUAAUCUGGAAGUAUUAGAUACCCAGGAAUAUUUCAGUGCCUUUUUGCCAUAACGGAAAAGAAAAAGGUGGCUUGACUUGAAGCAUUCCAGCGUUGGCUGUUUUCAAUGUGCCUUCUGACCCCAAACUGAACACUGGGAUAUGGUUUGGGAGUCGACGUUACAGCCUAAGUGUGUUCCACUAAAAGAGACCAAAGAGUUAAUCAGACCUGGUUGGCUGCUAUAACAACUGCGUGAUUACGAUGUCUUAAUUGCGCAGUUUCCAUGGCCCCGGUGGUCAAGGCCUGUCACUCCUCUUCAUGUGAAGUGGAGUGAAUUUGCACUUUUGAUCCUGUGGGCCGCUAGGGGACCUUGUUCUUUCCCAUUUUGCUGUAUCAAUAAAAGAACUUAUGGAAACCUC